AGGAGAGAUUUUUAGUGGUGGCCGACAUAAUCGGCAGAAUAUUGCUGAACAACCUCCAGUUAGAGAUGCUCCUCUCAGUGGAAGACUUUAAUGUGGAUGAAGUAGGGAGCAGUGGGUCUGUGGACAUGAUCCGGGCAAUCCCAGAGCCCCCUAACCCUGAUAAAGUGGUAGACAUCACAACACCCCUGACCAACCUUGAGGUUUUGGAUGAAACACUUGUCCUUCAGUCAGGCUUUACCACGGCACACUGCACCCCACCACCAGGCUUUUCCCCAGCACCCUGCAUUCCACCCCCAGGCUUUGCCCUGGCAACCUGCACCUCGUCGCCAAGCUUGGCCGCUAAUGCCAUGCAGGGCUUUGGCACCAAAGUCAUCCUGAAACAAAUGGUCCUGCUAUUCUUGGAGAGGCUCCCUCCUGCGUCAGAGGACCUUGAGUCAGAGUUCCUGACUAUCACUGAUCGUAUCUGCAUGCUGUUUCAAAGCAUCACUGCCAGAUUCCACAACAUUGUUAAUGAGGAGCUGGAGAAGUGUACCGACUCUGACAGUAAGCAGUACUGGGCUUACACCUUCUACUGGGAGUACAUGAAGAGGUACCCAUCAUCCCAGUGCCUGGGGAUUGAAGCCUUCACAUGUGAUGAGGAGAGAUGUUUAGUGGUGGCCAAAAUGUUUGCAAAAAAGAUGUGCCCCAAGAUGCUCCCCUCAGCAGCAGACUUCGACAAGGCUGAAGAUUCAGGCAGCAAUGGAUCUGUGGACUUGAACCUGGCAAUCCUAGAGACCGCUAACCCUGUCAAAGUGGUAGACAUCACAACACCCCUGACCACUAAUCCAGUCAACCUUGAGGUUUUGGAUGAAACACUUGUCCUUCAGUCAGGCGUUGCCACGGCACACUGCACCCCACCACCAGGCUUUACCCCGGCACACUGCACCCCACCAACAGAAUUUUCCCUAGCACCCUGCAUUCCACCCCCAGGCUUUGCCCUGGCAACCUGCACCUCGUCGCCAAGCAUUGCCGCUAAUGCCAUGCAGGGUUUUGGCACGAUAGUCAUCCUGAAACAAAUGGUCCUGUUUUUCUUGGAGAGGCUCCCUCCUGCAUCAGAGGACCUUGAGUCAGAGUUCCUGACUAUCACUGAUCGUAUCUGCACGCUGUUUCAAAGCAUCACUGACAGAUUCCGCAACAUCGUUAAUGAGGAGCUGGAGAAGUGUACCGACUCUGACAGUAAGAAGUACUGGGCUUACACCUUCUACUGGGAGUACAUGAAGAGGUACCCAUCAUCCCAGUGCCUGGGGAUUGAAGCCUUCACAUGUGAUGAGGAGAGAUGUUUAGUGGUGGCCAAAAUGUUUGCAAAGAAGAUGUGCCCCAAGAUGCUCCCCUCAGCAGCAGACUUCGACAUGGCUGAAGAUUCAGGCAGCAAUGGAUCUGUGGACUUGAACCUGGCAAUCCUAUAGACCCCGAACCC